AUGGGGCUGCCUCGGACGCCCCUCUUGCUCCUGGGAGCGGUGCUGGGGGUCUCCGUGCGGGGGGUCUUCUGCGAGCCCAGUCAGGGACCAUCUCAGUCCUUCAUUAAGGGCUACUUGGAUGACCAACCCAUCGCUCGCUUUGACAGCCUCACCAGGAAGAUGGAGCCUUUGGUGCCCUGGAUGGAGGAGGUGGGAAACCAGACCUUUCUGGCCCCUGAGUGGGUCUUCAGGAAUGACCUGGAGAAGUUAUCGAAACGGGACCACCAUGCUGGAGGUCUUCAGGCAAUUUUGGGCUGUGAACUCAAGGAAGAAGGGAGCAAAAGAGGGUUUUUGCACUAUGGCUACAACAGGUGGGACUUCAGCAGCUUAGAGAAAGAGACCCUCAGAUGGGGGGCAGCUCAUCCCCAGGCCGAGAAGGCCAAGGAGAAGUUGGAGGAUGAUCCAGGAUGGUCGGAGAAAGUGAAAGUCUUCCUGGAGGAGACCUGCAUUGAGAGGCUGCAGAGAUACCUGUCUCACGGGAAGGAGGCUCUGGAGAGGACAGAGCCCCUGGUGGGGAAAGUGACUCGCAAGGUGGUGGAUGAUAGCCUGGAGGUCCUCAUCUGCCAGGCCUACGGCUUCUAUCCCAAGGAGAUCCAGGCCACCUGGAGAAGGAAAAGAGAGGUGGGCAAGUACGAGACCCUCCGUAGGAAUGUGGCCCCAAACUCAGAUGGGACCUAUUAUGUCUGGCUCAGCAUUGAGAUUGACCCCAAGGAGAGGGACCAUUAUCGUUGCCGCCUGGAGCAUGAGAGCUUGCAGGAGCCCCUGAUCUUGGCCUGGAAGGAGGAAACAGCUACCAUGUGGUGGAUCCCUGUGGGAAUUGUGGCUGCCAUAAACGUGGUACUUUGGAUCGUCUUCCUAAGAUUCUACGAGCUCUCUAUAAAAUCCAGCUACGAGGAUUAG